GCGGGGAAGCUCCGAACUCUGUUUAUACUUUAUACAAAAGCAAUCAAAAGUUCCCUCUCCAAACGCUGCGUUUCGGUCGAUCUCUAACUCUGAGUUCAAGUAGCCAUGAAGGUGAGAUCAUCAGUGAAGAAAAUGUGUGAGUAUUGUAGAACAGUCAAACGUCGUGGGCGAGUAUAUGUACUAUGCACAGCCAAUCCCAAGCACAAGCAACGGCAAGGCAUGUCAACAUUUGCCCAUGAAGGCCCUUUUCCUCCAAUGUCCUCAGAGAUGAAUGCCAAGCAGGAGAUCUCGCAGAACCACAGGUUGCAGGGAGGUCUGGCAUCUAUUAUACCCAAGAAGCCUGAGCCAUCUAUGAUGUAUGGAUGGAGAGCAUCUCUGGCAUCUCUCCUAUUCAAGCAGGGGAAUUAGCAGCAGAAGGAAAAACAAAAACAGAAAUAUGACAAUUUAUCCUGUGAUGGUGCCUUUCUAUUAUUUUCCUUGUUUUGGUAAUUUGCACUGGGUUGGCUGCGAUAGUAAUAAAUGAGAAUUAAUAUUUAUAUAGAGGAUAAGGCAGCCAACCGAUUAUUUUCUUUUCCUUCCAUUGUUUGAAAAUGGAGGGUGGGGUUUGGGUUGGUGCCGGUGGUUAGGAACGGGUUGGUGUUGGAGUGUUACAGGUACUCUGCCUUCUGCAAUAUCCAUGUCCUGCAAACAGAUGUUGGCUUCAACCUCAAAUCAGCUACCAACUACCUAUUUUGACCUCCCAUUUCAUUCUUC